AGAGAGAGACAGAGAGAGAGAGAGAGAGAGAGAGAGAGAGAGAGAGAGAGAGAGAGAGAGACAAGACAGAGAGAGAGAGACAGAGAGAGAGAGACAGAGAGAGAGAGAGAGAGAGAGAGAGAGAGAGAG